AAUGAAGAAAACAAUGGCAUUAAUAACGGCGAAGGUUCUUCAAAUCAAAUAUUGGAUGAUGAAAUUCAAUUUGAUAACGAUCCUGAUAAUAGUGACGAUAAAGAAAACGAAAUUGAUGAUUUUUAUGAGAAAGAAUCUUUAGAGUAUA